UUUUUUGAUAAUAAUAAUAAUAAUAAUAAUGAAAAUAUUAUAUCAAAAAUUUAUUGGGAAGUUCGUGAUGAACGUUCAUUAAAUGAUGAACAAUAUGUACCUGUUAUAGAUGUAUCCGGUAUACGUGAACAACGUUCAGAUGGUUCAUUAGCAUUCAUGCCUUUUGGUUAUGAACAAUCAUCAUCAUCAUUGAUCGAUUCUAAAUCAUCAUCAACGUCCAAUAAUAAUAAUAAUAAUAAUAAUAAUCAAAUAUCAACAAUCAAUAGAAAUUCGGCCUAUACAAGUAUUGCAAAUGAACUACACAAUAGUCUUUAUCGUUGUGUUGUUGAAUUUAACGGAGGUUUAGGUCGAAUUAUUUCUCGUUCAAUACAUGUUACUGUUGUGUUUGAAAAUAAUGUUGGAUCAUCUUUAUCGUCGUCCAGUGUUCCAUCAACAACAAACAUACAGCCACCAACUAUACAUGCAUAUGAUACAACAGUAACCGAUGGUAAUGAUGCUUUAUUAAAAUGUACAAGUACAUCCGAUCUAUAUCAAGUGGUUGCAUGGAUAACCGAUGAUGAUGAUAUUAUAUUACCAUUUGAUUAUCAAUAUCAAUUUCAACAAGAUAUGAUUACAACAACAACGACAACGACAACAACAACGGGUAACUAUGGAUCAAAUCCAUCACAACAUUUUCAUCAUAAUGGUUAUACAAAUUUUUAUAUACCCGCUGAUACACGUUAUUAUGUUCUCCCUUCCGGUGAACUAUUGAUUGCUGCCAUUCGUACCAAUGAUCUACGGCGACAAUUUCGUUGCCGUAUGGCUCAUCGUUUAACUGGUGAACGUUACGAUUCAUCUAACUGGGCUCGAAUCAAAUUAAGAGAUCAAUCAAGUCACAUAUCGUAUCGACCGCGAUAUAAUCUAGAUGCAUCAUUACGUCGCACAUUGACAAUCGAUGAUAAUAAUGAUUAUUAUGGACAUGGUGAUGGCCAUAAUAAUGGUGAUGACAAUCAUCAUCAAACAAAUCAUUUAUCACAUAAACCAAUUGAUAUUUAUUGUUCAUUUGAUGCUCAACCACCACCCAAUAUUACCUGGUAUUUUCUUAGUUAUUUUGAUCCAAAACAUUAUCGACGACAAUUGAGUGGUGUCGAUGAUUUUAUCGCUCAUCAUAUAAAGCCUUUACAAUCAUCAACAACACAAUCAACAUCAUGGUCAUCACAUUAUACAAUAACUUCACGUCAUCUUCGUAUAAAUCAACCAACAAUCCGUGAUGUUGGUACCUAUGUUUGUGUUGCAAAUAAUUCACAUUUUCAAGUUCAUCAUGAAACGGAUCUACUUUCAAAACGUUUAUUACAUUUAAAUCUGACAAUCAUGAAUCAUGAAACACAUCGUUCAGGUUCAGGUCCAUAUUCACCGGGUGAUAUAAUAACAUUAUCAUGUAAUAUAACACAUUUAUUAACAAUGUUUGAUUUGUUACCAAUAUUACCACCAUCAAUAAAUGAGCCAAAUGAUGAAAAUGAUUUAGAUCAUAAUCAAAUCGAUGAUGAUCUACUAUCGUCAUCAUCAUCAUCAUCAUCAGCAACAAAUCUUGAUCCAGAAUCAAUUAAACAGCGACGUAUAAAACUGUUGAAUCAGGUUUUACAAUCACGUUUUAUGAUCACUUAUUAUUGGUAUCAUAAUCAAGUGCCAAUUAGUACAACGAUUGAUCAAAAUAAUAAUGUUUUUAAUAGUAAUAAUAAUAAUGACAAUAAAUAUAGCCGUACAAAUUCUGGAAGAUCUUUUUCAUCCAAUAAGUUAUCAUCAAAUGAUCAAAAACAACGACAACAACAUUAUGAAAUUCUUGGUCAUCAACGAAACGUACUUCGAAUUUAUGAUCUCGAAUAUUCGGAUGCCGGUAUUUAUCAAUGUUUUGCUCGCAUAAAUGGUGGUCCAGAUUUUGAACAAUGGUUACAAUCAUCAACAUUGAUUACUAUGUAUCAAUCAUCACCAAAAUUAAUUCAAACAUUCAAUGAACAGAUAUUGAUGAAUCAACAAGAACUUUCAUUGAAAUGUAUGGCUACAGGUAUACCGGCACCGGUAAUUAUUUGGCAAAGAAAUCAAAUAAAUUUAACAGAUUUAGAUGGAAAUUUAAUCAAUUUACAACAAACUGGUUCAUCAUCUACUUCAUCAUCAUCAACGAAUAAUCAACACUUAUAUCGUUAUAAAACAAAUACAUUUCAAUUGAAAACUACAAAUUUUUUUACAUCACAACCGUCAUCAUCAUCAUCAUCGUCGACAAUAAUCAAAUCGGAACAGCAACUAUUAUUUCAAACUGUUUCAUAUUUUAACAUUAGUUCAUUACGUCCACAGGAUGUUGGUCAAUUUCGUUGUUUGGCUAUAAAUCGUGCCGGCUCUAUUGGUCAUCAGGCACGAAUUGGUAUUAUCGGUUCACCAUAUGUACAUCCGAUUUCUGAUCAAACGGCUGUUGUUGGUCAACAAUUUUCAAUACAAUGUGCCUAUAGUGGAUAUCCAAUUGAAGAAGUUUAUUUUGUCAAAUCUAAACGUCGUCUUCCAUUCGAUGAACGACAUAUAAUCACACAAAUGGGUCAUUUAACUAUCACACAGAUCGAUAAAAGUGAUGAAGAUGAUUAUUCUUGUAUUGUUAUUGGUGAAAAUGGUCAACGUUCUCAGCAAACAUUUCAUAUCAAUACAGUACUGCCACCUGUAUUAAGUCCAUUUAUAUUUUCUGAUGCACUUGAAGAAGGUACACGUGCAACAGCUGUUUGUUCAGUAAUUUCCGGUGAUCCUCCUAUUACAUUACAAUGGCUUAAAGAUGGUCAACCAUUAUUAGGUUCAUUAACAAGAUCGGUUGAUCCACAAAUACAAGUGCUCAAUAUAAAAGAAUUUAUUUCAUCACUUAUUAUAACCAAUAUAACAAGACGCCAUCAAGGUGUUUAUACGUGCCUUGCUACAACACCAAAUACCAGUUCUAAUCGUACUGCUAUAAUGCGUGUAAAAGCGCCACCAAAAUGGCUAAUAAAACCCGCUAAUAAAGUAGCUAUAACACAGCCUACAAUUAAUCCUUUAAUUCCACUGGAUAAUUCAAUGAUGAUGAUGUCAAAUCAUCCGAACACUAUGAUUCGUUUUGAUUGUCUAGCUUCAGGCAAUCCAACACCUGUGAUACGAUGGAAAUUUUUACGCAUGAAACGUCUUUCAUCAAACAAUAUAAAUGUACGAAAUAAUAACAAUGGAGAAUCAUCACAAAUAGAAUCAGUUCCAAUAUUAAGUAGUCCACAGAUACAUGUACUUGAGAAUGGUUCAUUAUUAAUUCGAUCGAUUGAUAAGACAAAAUUCGAAGGAAUAUACUUAUGUGAAGUAUCCAAUGGUGUGGGUAAACCAUUGGAAGCUCGUGCUUCAUUGACCAUAUAUCAAAUACCACAGAUACAAGUGAAAGUAAUUCCUCAUGGUAAUGAUGGUAUUGGUGGCGGUAGUACUGGUGCACAUAAAUUACCAUCAUCCUCAGCUCAAGAUCAUGAUCAAGUGAUACAAAUGGCCAUACGUCAUCAUAGUCAAGUAUCAUUAUCAUGUACAGGAACUGGUGCCAUACCAAUAUUUGUCGGUUGGUAUAAAAACGGUCAAGAAAUCAAUGUAUAUGAUACAAGUUCAAUAACAUCGACUAGUUCAUUUCGUUUAUUUGAAUCUCCUGGUUCGGGUACAAUUUUAUCUGGAAAAAAUCAUGGUAAAUCAACAUCCUCAUCAUCAUCAUCAUCGAUAGAUAAGAGUAAACAAUUCGGUGAACGUACAACAAAUUUAUUGUUCAAACAUGUUGGCAGGAGCGAUACAGCACAAUAUGUUUGUUUGACACGAAAUUCAUUUGGCAUGACACAUCGCAUUAUUAUGCUACAUGUAUUAGAAUCUCCUGAUGCACCCGAAUCAUUGAAAGCUAUUGAAGUUGGUAGUCGUACAGUAACACUAACUUGGUCAAUCGGUUAUACUGGAAAUCUACCAUUAUUAUCACAGAAUAUUGAAUAUAAAAAAGAAGCUGAUAAAACUUGGCACAAUGCAUUGAUGAUCAAAUCGAAUACGAAUACAGUAACUGUACAUGGUCUACAACCAUUGACACCAUAUGAAUUCCGUGUUUCAUUUGUCAAUGAAUUAGGAACUAGUGAACAUUCACGUUCAAUUACAUUGACCACACAGAUGGAAGCGCCAACAGUCAUGCCGGACAAUAUACGUGCCGUACCAUUAAGUACUCAUGCAAUACGUCUUACAUGGUCAAUACGAUUACCACCAUCAUCGCAUCAACAACAACAACCACAUCCGUCCGAUUCAUCAAUCGGCAAUAAUAAUAAUAAUAAUUUAGCUACAACUACUAGUGAUAUUGAAAUAAUUGAUGGUUUUUAUAUUGGUUAUCGUACUAUUUCAACAUCAUCAUUACCGGAAACUGGUAGUAACAUUCCCGGUAGUAAACAAUCACAAUCAUCAUCUACAACUGCUGGUAUCAAUAAUAAUAAUCAUCAUCAAUCAUUGUCAUAUACAUACAAAACCAUAUCGAAUACACCAAUCCAACCAUUAUAUUCGAAAAUGUCAACAAUUGGAAAUAAUAAUUGGAAACAAUCAUCAUCAUAUGGUAUACGUGCAAAAUCUUCACCAAAUUCAUUUUUAAUCAAAUUAAAUAAUCAAUCUACAAUCGAAACGGAUCAAACAUCAACAUCUAUGAUGAUGAUUUCAACAUCACCAUUUCAUCAAUAUUAUGAACAUAUAAUCGAUACAUUACAGCGGCAAACAUUGUAUCAAUUCAUUGUACAGGCAUUCAAUGAAAAGGGUGCUGGACCAUCAUCGAUCGAGGUUACUGCUCGUACAUUUGCUCAUGAUCCACCAAGACCACCAAAUUUUCGUAUUGAAAAUGUAUCCACACAUGAAGCAUUACUUUCAUGGGAUUAUACAUCAAUCAUUUCACGUGAUAGUCUUUAUCUUAUGUCUUCUUCUUCAUCAUCCUCCUUAUUGUCGUCAUCGUCUGGAUCAUCUUUGAUUGGUAAUGGUCAAGAUUUACAACAACAACAAGAUGACAAUGGUCCAUUAAUAGUCGAUGGUUAUGUUAUUUCAUAUCAUUUAGCACAAAAUUAUGUUAUUGAUGAUAAUAAUAUUGGUACAGAAGAUUGGCAAUCGAUUACGAUUAGUUCAUCAUCAACAUCAUCAUUCACAUUGAGAAAUUUACGUUGUGGUAGCGAAUAUGUUACACGUAUUGAAGCCUUCAAUGAAAUGGGUAGCGGAAGACCAUCGGAAAUGAUACGAUUUUCAACGCUUGGUGGUCCUCCAAUACCACCAGAUAAAUUUGCCAAUCAUUUCAUUAUAUCGAAUAUAACAUUUGUUAUCAUCAAUUUGGAUCUUUGGUCUGAUGGUGGCUGUCCUAUCACUGGUUAUAGUAUUAAAUAUCGAACAAGACGUCAUUAUCAUCGUAGCUUUCUAGGAUCAUCCAAUAACAACAAUAAUAAGAAUAAUGGUGGAUGGAUUACAUUAUCUACACAUUUGAUGCCUGAAAAAGAAAAGUUAAUUAUUCGUGAUCUUAUGCCCGGAACAUGGCAUGAUUUGAUUAUAGCUGCACAAAAUGAUGCCGGUAAACGUGAAUCUGAAUAUAGUUUUGCUACAUUGACUGAAACUGGUGCUACUGUCGAACCAUUACAUGCAUUUGAAUCAAGAAUGGCAACAAAUACUGGUACAGCUUUUACAAUUGUUGGUGCAUUAUUCGAUGAUCCAAUGAUAUUCAUACCGGCUAUUUGUACAAUUAUUGUUUUGAUUGUUGUUAUUUCGACAUCAAUAUUUUUAUAUGUGAUGCGAAUGCGACAAGAAGCACUACAAAUUGCCAACGAAGAUACAUAUUGUUCACAUAGAUCUAGUACACGUUUAGAUGAAAUGUCAUUAAGUUCAUAUCCAAAUAGUAAUGGAACGUGUAAAAAAUCAUCAUUAAUGAAUGCAACAAAAUUGAAUGGAAAAGUACAUUUAAGUUAUGAAAAAAAUGGAAUGAUAAAUAAUAAUACAGAAACGGAACCACUUUAUGAACAGACAAAUUUUGCUACAUCCACCGGUGUAAAUCAUCAACCAUUGUUAAAUAAAGCGGCAACAUUUCAUAAAAGUCCUCAUCAUCAACGAACCGUUAUGAAACAAUCGAUUGGUGAGGCAAAUCUAUUGGAAACAAUUGAUCUAACAUCAUCAACAACACCAGCAACAACAACAACGGUUAACCAACAUCAGCAUCAACAAUCAUCGCAAGAUCAAGAUCAAUCAAAUGAAAGCUAUAGUUUUGAACCAAUAUUUGAUCAUCGUGAUCCAAUGAUUGAACAAUAUUUCAAGACAUUACAAACUCGUUCAUAUCAUCAUCAUCAACAACAACAACAGCAACAUCUUAAUCAUUCUAGUAAUUCAUCACAAUCAUCACAUUUAUAUCAAAUGCCUGAACAGGUUAAACAACAACAGCAACAACAAGCUAAUUUAAUAGCAAACUUAAAUUCAGAAAUUGAAAUGAUCGAUAUUAUUGGUGAUGAAACAUGUACGAUAAAGAAAUCUGCAUAUCAUCAGCCAUUAUCAUCAAUAACAACAACAAUGACAACAAAUACUACGACAAAACCAUGUAAUGCAUAUAUGACAACAUUUGGCAUUGUUAGACCACAACAACAACAACAGGGUAAUGUUGUCAAUAUUCUUCAACAACAACAACUUCAACAAUAAUCAAUUUUGGAUGAAAAAAAAAUUCAUUCGAUUGCCAAAUCUUAAUUUGAUGAAUAAAAGUGAUAUUUAUCUAUCUUUAUUAAUAAAUAGUUUUUAUUUCCAUCCCAUGCUGCCGACCAUUUUGAAUUAU